GAGCGCGUUGCAUAAACAGACAUAUGUUGUUUAGUUUACCUGGAUGUACGCAUUGUUAAACAUGUAGGCUAGUUGAGAAAUGAAAAGUACAUUUUAAACUAUUUUAACACCGAUGAAUAAAUUGUACUGGAGGCAGGGCGGUACUCUACGGUUUGAAUUUUAGGCGCCAUUGAGAUGAAAUCCAAUCAGAGGGAACAGUCGAGGAAACGUCAUCGGGGGCAAGUCUCGGGUGUAGCCAUAAAUAGCACGCGCUUCGCUUUCAUCUUCACAUUCGUCCCUUCCAACGAAGCUCAACAAUGGCAAGAACCAAGCAAACUGCCCGCAAGUCCACCGGUGGCAAGGCCCCGAGGAAGCAGCUCGCCACGAAGGCAGCGCGUAAAAGCGCACCGGCUACCGGUGGCGUGAAGAAGCCUCACCGUUACAGGCCAGGAACAGUGGCUCUGAGAGAGAUCCGUCGCUACCAGAAAUCCACUGAGUUGCUGAUCCGCAAGCUGCCCUUCCAGCGUCUGGUCAGAGAAAUCGCUCAGGAUUUCAAGACCGACCUGCGCUUCCAGAGCUCUGCUGUCAUGGCUCUGCAGGAGGCUAGCGAGGCUUACCUGGUUGGUCUGUUCGAGGACACCAACCUGUGCGCCAUCCACGCCAAGAGAGUGACCAUCAUGCCCAAGGACAUCCAGCUGGCUCGUCGUAUCCGCGGAGAGCGUGCUUAAGCCUUUCCCCUGAAACCAACAACGGCUCUUUUAAGAGCCACCUCACAUCCUCAUGUGAAAGCAUUGUUUUCCAUUUAACCAGCCACAAAAACAAAUAGUGUUUGGAUAGUUAAUAAUAUAGAAAUGCUCCACAUUAAUCA